UCUACCCGCAACGCAGCGCUCAAGGUCAGUGCCGGCGGUCUCACUCCAUGUUUCCACCUCGCGCAACCAUUGAACUUGCGGCUGGGACAGAACAAUAUGACGUACGGCAAUCCCGUUCGCGUGAUACGCGGCCCCGAUGGGAAUGAUGCGUGGUGCCCGCGACAGGGGUACAUUCAGGUGUAGCCUUUCGAUGGCCUGAGACUGACGGAAACUAGAUACCGCUAUGACGGUUUGUACGAUGUCGUGCGAGCAUGGAUGGAGGAAGGGAAGGCAGGGUUCAAGAUGUGCAGAUUCGAACUCAGG